UGAACAGAACAGGAAAAAUUGCAACCUAGUAAUGAAAUUUGAUGGUGGAUUGAUAAUGAGCAUGAUUACGAUAAAUGUUAUCAAACUUUUAAGAAAAUGGUAGACACAUCAUAUUACCUUUGUAAAUUUCUAAGGGUAGUUCGUGACAUGGUAGGUUGGCAACUUCGAUUAACACCAAAACAAGCAGCUGCGAAGAUUGUUAUUGCUAUUGUUGGUUUAGCAAUUGGAGCAUAUGGUGUUGCAACCGUCUAUAAACCGCUUCAGGUUAGCACGACGAACUGGAUUUGCGAAAGAGUGAACUGUUACGUUACUAUAAAACGAAACAUGAUGAACGUAUCCGACAGGCUGUUAACAAGUCAAAUUAACAAGUAUCCAACAGAUAUCGAUAACGAUGGCGGUUAUCGUGAUCAGUCACCUUCUGAUUCCUUAUUUAAACGAACAUUCAAGUUUUACAAACGGCAUGACAUAGCACCUAAUUUCUCUAAAGUUCUUAAUUUGCGAUGCUCCUCAUCUGCUCAUGGAAUAAUUUGCUCAAAUUUCAAACCAGUUGUUGCACCGUCGGAUUUAAUGUUGGAAAAGCUUGGACUUCGUCCAUUAUCCGAGUGGACUGCUUCAACUAUUAUUCAUCGGCAAGGUAUGAUAAUGUUAAAUGACAUUUUUAAAUCGGUCAGCCAUCUUCAAUGGAUAAAACGUUCAUUGUUCGUUUACGCUGAACCGCCUGGUUUCACCAACGUCGGCCUACAUGUGCCCAAUGUACAAAAUGUAUUCAAAGAAUAUAGGAGACAAUUACGCUGGUCUACUCUUGGUCUACACUAUGAUUGGGCAACGAAGACUUAUCCUUUUGAGGGUGAAUCACUUCCUGAAGAGCUAGUGUUGCUUUCGGAUGUUCUCUCUCAAGCGCUUGGCAUAGGACCAAUGUAUGCUGAUGCUGCUAUCAUCAACUUCUAUUCGAGAAAGUCAACACUGGCACCACACGUUGACAGAUCGGAAAGAAAGCUCGUCUCACCGCUUAUUUCACUAAGUUUCGGCCAGACCGCAAUUUACCUGGCUGGUGGUAAUGAUUUAGAUGAUCCAGUUGAUGCGUUCUACAUACGGUCAGGUGAUGUUCUGAUCGUUUAUGGGUCACAACGGCUCAUAUACCAUGCAGUCCCACGGAUUCUACAGGACAAACAAUUCGAGGAUAAAGAUCAACCUGAAGAGAUAGUGAAAUAUGCAAAUAAGAAUCGCGUAAAUAUUACACUUCGGCAAGUUGAUGAACACAGAUCAGUUAUGAUGUAG